AAAAAGGACUUAUGUCAUCAAGUGGCUAGAUAUAUAGACAGUACCGUUUCAACGAAACACUCCAGUCAUUCUUGAUCCGCGAUUAGCUGUGUGCCGGUUGCUAGAGCCUCGAUUUUUCAAGUCGGAUUACAAACUGCUAGAAUAUGCCGACGUAUAAAUUAAUGUAUCUCAACGCUACUGGCAUUGGGGAGCCAAUUAGGUUUUUGUUAAAUCAUUGUGACAUCAAAUUUGAGGAUAUCAGAAUCACCUUUGAUGAAUGGCCAAAGUAUAAACCAAACAUGCCCAUGGGACAAGUGCCGGUCCUGGAGAUUGAUGGUAAGCAAUAUCAUCAGUCUAAGGCUAUUGGACGAUUCAUCGCCAAGAAGGGCAAUUUAUACGGAUCCGAUGAUUUCGAGGCUAUGGAGAUUGAUGCCGUAGUCGAUUCUAUCGAUGAUAUCAGACAAGCAAUGGGCCAUUAUUAUAUGGAACAAAAUCCUACCUUCAAAGCGAAACUCAAGGAAAUCGUUUUCCAAAAAUUGUACCUCUCCCGCGACAAGUUUGAAGAACAAGUUAAGAAGAAUGGCGGAUAUCUCGUCGGUGGCAAAUUGUCGUGGGCAGAUUUCCAGUGGGCUGGACAUUGUGACAUUCUAAGCUCUGUUCUGGCUGUAGAUCCGAAUGAAGAUCAUCCCGAAUUGAAAAAACUCGUGGAGAAAGUUCGCGCUUUGCCCAACGUUAAAGCUUACAUCGAAAAGCGACCUAAAACUGAAUUUUUGAUUUACAAUGUUUUAUACCAUGGUCUCAAUAUUCUCGUUUUCUGUUAUAAAACAAACCUAAUCUUUAUUUUUUUAAUUUAUUUUUUAUGUCUAUACUAUUUUCAGACCAUGUCGAUGUAUAAGUUAACAUACUUUAAGGAAGGAGCGGUUGGAGAACCAUCCAGAUACUUGUUAAGUUAUUGUGGCAUUAAAUUCAAAGAUAUUAGACUCACUCUGGAAGAAUGGCCGAAGCAUAAACCAAUUAUGGUCAAAUACUAUUGGGAACAGGACUCCGUUUUUAAAGCAAAGUUAAAGGAAAUUGCUUUCCAAAAAUUGCCUUUUUAUCUCGAUAAAUUCGAAGCUCAAGUUAAGAACAAUGGUGGAUACUUCAUCAAUGGCAAACUGUCAUGGCCGGAUUUCAUGUGAGCUGCAUAUUCUGAACGUAUAAGCUUUAUCUUAACCAAGGAUGUGAACCAGGAUCAUCCAGAAUUGAAGAAGCUAGUGAAGAAGAUUCGCGCCUUACCCAAGAUUAAAGCUUACAUCGAGAAGCGACCUAAAAUUCAAUAG